AAGAUCCAAGGCAUACGUAGACCCUCCGCGAACCAAGAGUUGGAUUGCUCCACCACUUGACGAGGCCACAGGUCCGAUCCCGACAGUUGAAUUGGCUGGAACGGGGAACUGGACGGGCAUUGGAGAAAGCAUAUUGGUCAUCGAAAGCGUCCGUCAAAUCUCCUGAGGGCUCGAAUUGGAUCUUUUGCCUGAUUCUCCGCCGUUCCCCUCUUCAGCCCCCUUCCUACUUUUUUUCUUCCCUGGCAUUCCCUUCCCCUCUUCUUUAUAAGCCUCUGGAUCCUCCAGACCCUCCUUCGCCUUUGUCUUUCCUUUCCCAUCCAUCCCUCUUCAUCCUUUCACAAUGGCCAACUCUCCCCACGGUGGUGUCCUUAAGGACCUUCUUGCUCGCGAUGCUCCCCGCCACGACCAGCUGGCUGCUGAGGCGGAGACCCUCCCCGCCAUCGUUCUCUCCGAGCGCCAGCUCUGCGAUCUGGAGCUCAUCAUGAACGGUGGCUUCAGUCCUCUGGAGGGCUUCAUGAACCAGAAGGACUUCGACGGUGUUUGCGAGAACUGCCGCCUGGCCGAUGGCAACGUCUUCUCCAUGCCCAUCACCCUCGAUGCCUCCCAGCAGACCAUCUCCGACCUCAAGCUUCAGGCUGGUGCUCGUGUCACCCUGCGCGAUUUCCGUGACGACCGCAACCUGGCCAUCCUGACCAUUGACGACAUCUACCGUGCUGACAAGCAAAAGGAAGCCAAGCUGGUCUUUGGCGGAGACGAGGAUCACCCUGCCAUCAAGUACCUGAACACCAAGAUCCAGGAGUUCUACAUUGGUGGAAAGGUCGAGGCUGUCAACAAGCUCAACCACUACGACUAUGUCGCCCUUCGCUACACUCCUGCGGAGUUGCGCGUCCACUUCGACAAGCUCGGCUGGUCCCGAGUUGUCGCUUUCCAGACUAGAAACCCCAUGCACAGAGCUCACCGUGAGCUGACCGUCCGUGCCGCGCGCGCCCGUCAGGCCAAUGUCCUGAUCCACCCCGUCGUUGGUCUCACCAAGCCCGGUGAUAUUGACCACUUCACCCGUGUCCGUGCCUACCAGGCCCUCCUCCCCCGCUACCCCAACGGCAUGGCUGUCCUGGGUCUUCUGGGUCUGGCUAUGCGUAUGGGUGGUCCUCGUGAGGCCAUCUGGCACGCUAUCAUCCGUAAGAACCACGGUGCCACUCACUUCAUCGUCGGCCGUGACCACGCCGGUCCCGGUAAGAACUCCAAGGGUCAGGAGUUCUACGGCCCUUACGAUGCUCAGCACGCCGUCGAGAAGUACAAGGACGAGCUGGGCAUUGAGGUCGUCGAGUUCCAGCAGGUCACCUACCUUCCCGACACCGACGAGUACCGUCCCCGCGACCAGGUCCCCGCUGGUGUCAAGACCCUCGACAUCUCCGGUACCGAGCUGCGCAACCGCCUCCGCACCGGUGCUCACAUCCCCGAGUGGUUCUCCUACCCCGAGGUUGUCAAGAUCCUGCGUGAAUCCAACCCCCCUCGUGCCUCCCAGGGUUUCACCAUCUUCCUUACUGGUUACAUGAACUCCGGCAAGGAUGCCAUCGCCCGUGCUCUGCAGGUCACCCUGAACCAGCAGGGUGGACGCUCGGUCACUCUCCUGCUCGGUGACACUGUCCGCCACGAGCUUUCCUCGGAGCUGGGCUUCAGCCGUGAGGACCGCCACACCAACGUCCAGCGCAUCGCCUUCGUGGCCGGUGAGCUCACCCGUGCCGGUGCUGCCGUCAUUGCCGCCCCCAUUGCUCCCUACGAGCACUCCCGGAAGGCUGCCCGCGAGGCCGUCGCUGGAUCCGGUGGCAACUUCUUCCUCGUCCACGUUGCUACUCCUCUGGAGUACUGCGAGAAGACCGACAAGCGCGGCAUCUACGCCAAGGCCCGCCGCGGCGAGAUCAAGGGUUUCACUGGUGUUGAUGACCCUUACGAGACUCCUGCUAACGCGGAUCUUACUGUCGACGUGUCCAAGCAGAGCGUCCGCAGCAUUGUCCACGAGAUCAUCCUCAUGCUCGAGAGCGAGGGCUACUUUGACCGCAACUAGAUUAGCGUAGGCGCUUGGGAAAACAUUGGAUUUGAUUUUGUCUGAUACAGGUGGGAUUUCGGAACCAUGGGUGAUUUAGAGGAUCUCUGGUCUAUAGAGACUUGGCUUUGAAAUAAUAUGAAUGAUUCCCCAAUACAGUGAUUAUAGGUUGCCA